ACAUCACUUGCAGUGCAGCCACGAGCAGCAGCAGCAGCAUCCAGCUCGGAGGAAAAUCGACGCGUAAACCCGGCUGGCCAUAUUGUGCACGAGCUCCCCGGUAAAUCGGCUGCGUCACACCUUAAAAACACCCAGGAGCACCGGAUCCACAGAGCAGUCACACCAAGAAAGACAGGCUGCUUGAAUUCCCCACAUUAAUCUGAGCUGGUGAGUGUUUGAAUUCGGUACAUUAGAUUUUAUUUCACGUGUGCGCAUCUGUCUGCUCUGUCGAAGCCUUGUGUCCUCUCUGCUGCGCUUUGUGGAAAACAGGCUGUCUCCCGGCCCACAAAGCCACCGUGCACAUCGUUUGGCUUAUAUUAUGCUGCUGUUUGCAAAGAAAAUACGCCAUAAAUCAUCAUAGAGGAGCAAAGAAUGGUCAUUAAAACGCAUUUGUGUACGUCUUUCAGGUUGGUGUUGAAGUGCAAGGAAAAUGGUUAAACUGGGGAAUAAUUUCAGCGAGAAAAAUAACGGGAAGGUGGUCUCUGAAGACGGAUUUGACACCAUUCCCCUCAUAACGCCGCUAGAUGCCAGCCAGCUGCAGUUUCCUCCACCUGAUAAGGUAUGAUUUUUUGUCUUUUAUCUUUUAAAUCUGGUGUUAAAUUAAAACACUUGCCUUUAUUUUGGUUAUCUGUAAUCCCAAUUAGUCUAAUUAAGAAGGUGAUUCACAUAUGGAUUCACAUUUGUAUGACAUUUUUAAUCAUUCAGCAAAUAUAUUAAUUCCAUGUGUGCAAAAAUACAUCUAAUGUUUUCCAGGUUGAGUUUGUGUGGUCUAUUCUUUUUUUUUUUUAGAUUGCUCCUGAAGCUGAAAGCUGGUCCUUUUCUGUAUGUGUUGUGUAUUUUUCUCUCAGGUGGUGGUGAAGACAAAGGCAGACUAUGAUGCUGAGAGCAAGAAGGGGAAGCUACGAUCUCCGAAAAUCGCAGAGUUCUCCAUAAGCAUCAUCGAAGGCGUUUCAGAGCGACUCAAAGUAAGAUUGAUACUUCUGUCGCCAUCUGUGUUUCAGACACUCUCCCAUUUCUCUUCCACUCCCACACAUGCACAUGAGCCGUGGAGGCGACAGCUGUCCCCUCCAUCAGAGUAGCCCAUCUCCAAUCCCAGCCACACACUCUGUCUUCAUGAGUUCAUGACACCUCCAUCUUACCCCCCGUGUGAGGUGGAGGUGGAGGUGUCCUGUGUCCUGUGCAGCCUUGUUAUCCUGCAGGGCUACACAGGGAGCUAUAAUGCACAAUGACUCACUUAACCCCGCCCUGAAAUGCUCAUUAAUUCAGCUGCUGCCAUGGCGAUGGCCUCCAAAGGCUGCAUCACUCCCACCACCCCCCUCACCGGCAGAUGUGUUUAACUGUGCACACUUAGAGAAGCAUCAGACAACAUAUAUUGUUCUUCAAUAAAAAGCCCCAAAAAAGUCUAAACUCUGGCUCCAGCAGGGUAUGUUCGCUGAAUUACAAAUGUAGGAAAUGAAACUCAAACAGUUUCUGAGCACAGGCUCUGCAAUAAUCUCCCUCCAUAUUCAGAAUCAACAGAUGAAAUCAUCUCUGGGAUGUGCCAAGCCCCGUUUCAUCAUAGAGCUUUAAUUCUCAAAACAUCUGAAAGCCAAGGAGACGCAUCAGUGUCUCAGAGUACACAUCGCUCGUCCUCACACUGGUGCUUUGAAAUGCAGCAGGCGGCCCUUUCAUCGCACAUAGUCUCUUUUAUAAUCUCCUGUUGCUUUCCUCUGAGCAGGUUUCCUUGUCUGCUCUGUUAUGGCAGGGUUCAAAAAGAAGGAUAGAAGAAUACCUUUUUAUUCUAAUGACACAUAGAGUUUAUUACUCUUGUCACACCUGCGAUUGAACCACAAGGAACAAAAUGUACUUCAAUUAUUAAUCCAAGAAAUCCUCAUAAAUAUUCCGUCAGCACUGCAUGCAACAAAAAUCAGCAUUCACAUCAGGAUUUUACAGUUGCUCUGUCGCACAUGUCUGUCAUGUAAAUAUUACAUUUAAGAUGUUGCUUGAAAGUAAUUCAGUAAAAGGUUUCGCACAUUUACAGACUCAGAGUAACUUCUGAACAGCUCUUUACAUCUUAGCAAUAAUGGGAGGAUUUCUCCCACACCUUGUCUCUCCCCUGUCGAGCAUCUGUAGCUGUUACAUAACUCCCCUGAGAUCUGAGUGAUGGAGUUUACAGAUGGUCAUACAAACCUUUUUCAUGUCUAGUUAGUAUUUCAUUGCAUGAAGUCUCUAAUUGGCUACAAGUCACCCAUAUAAAGUAUAGAUUAGUACAUCUGUACACCUACACCUGCUAUUGAAGUUGUUAUGAAAAGGAAAGAGAAAAUAAUCCAUGAAAGCUCAAUCUGGGUUUGUUAUUCUUGUUUCUGUCACUGUCACACAUCUUGUAGAUUUGUCGUACAGGUCUGAUGAUGAAGUUGUUGUGUGUCUCACACAGGUGACGUUGCUGGUGAUCUGUGCCCUGGCCUUCCUGGUGUGCGUGGUGUUUCUGGUCGUCUACAAGGUCUAUCAGUACGAGCAGCCCUGCCCUGACAGCUUUAUUUACACGGUAAACACUUAUUAGCAUACUUUCUCUUGAUAAACUCUUCUGUCUAUUAAUGUUAACCAACUUACUACAAUCAGUCAAUCAAUCAAUCAAUCAAUCAAUCAAUCAAUCAAUCAAUCAAUCAAUCAAUCAAUCAGUCAGUCUUUAUAUAUAUAUAGCAUUUUUCAUACACAACCAUGUAGCACAAAGUUUUUUACACAGAAAAAAGGAUAAAAGAAACAAAGAAUACCCAAAUCUACCCCAGCCCAUCCCCUCAUUCCCACCUCAUUCCCACCCCAAUCCCACGAUCUAAAUGCAUAAACUUAAAAAGGGCUUGAUUUUGUGGAAACAGGAGUGUUACUACAAUUGUCGCUCUUCUGUGAUAGUGUGAAUGUGACAUUUUGGUGCAGUGAAGGCUGUGUGCUAAUUUAAAUUUUACCCAUAUUUUGUUCCAUUAUAAAGGACAUUUGAGUACAAUUAAUUAUAUAGAAUACCUCAUGCCUGCCAUUUUAAAAUAUAUUACAUUCAUUACAAAAUUAUGAAACAGAGAUGGACCGAUUAAUUAAUUGGUUGGCCGAUAAUUGGUAUCUUGACUAGAUCAGCAUCACAUUGGCAUCAGCCUUCACAAGGCCAAUAUCACCAUUAUUUUUGUGAGUUAAUUCUAAUGAACCCUAACCCCGCAUAUCAAAUGUGCAGAAUAAUGCAUUUUAGUAUUGACAGCAAUAUCAGCUGUUCUCUGAAAUCUUUGUCUUUCAAUCGAUUAAUUAAAAAUCCAUCUAAACAUGUUACUAGUUAAGAUAACUGUGUAUAUCAGAUGUUAAUGCACAUGGAAUAAUGAAUCUUAAAUGUCUAUUCUGAUUUUGAACAUUUACCUUAAUUUACCUUACAGAAUUUAAUUUGAUAAAAUGUUCAUUUAGGUGCAGAAAUUUUGAUUUUCAUUUAGUCAGCGUAGUUGAAUUGUUGUAAAAACAAAGUGUGACACUGUAACUAUGCAUUGACUAAAUGCUCAUUUAGCAUUACACCAUAAUGUUUUUUUGUACCUGUUUUGAAUCUUGUGAUCCAAAAGUUUUGAUUUACCUUCAAAGACUUUAUGGCACACAGUGUACGAUGCUUUGUUCAAGAACACUCAGAAAACACUUACUUCACAUUGCUCUACAGAAAUCCAACUGCACAGAAAGUAUGUCAUUUCAAGAAUAUAUUCAAGUUUUGACCUUCAUGCUUUGAAUUAAAAUUUUCCCUUUUUUUCUGUGGGUGAAAACCAGAGCAAAAACUCUCACAGGCACAGUAGAGCAAUGUCAAGUCCUGACAGUCCAAACCAUGACCUCUGUCUGUCUGUCCAGGACCUUUCAUGUUGCACUGUGCUGCUUGAUGGCUGAGUACAUGUGUUGGGGAGAAAGAGGAUGAGGAGCUAGGUUGUCACUCCUGGUCCAGCUGUUGCUUUUUCUUCUGCUUGUACUCGAGGCGGCACUUUGGAGCGUAAAUCAAAAUAGAUGACACAAAUGUUUAGGAGCUGGGGAGCCAUAACAUUUGAAGCUACUUCCAAUGACAGCUCUGUUGACAAAUACAGGGGCUGAGUGUUCCAGCUUGUACCUUCUCAGUCAUAUAAACGUUCAAUAAUGCCUGGACUGUAAAGUUGAUCCAUUUGUUGGUGUUUUUCUUCAUUUCUAAGGUUUUGUGAGCCCUCACUGACUCUCUUGUGCUGGGAGAGUACCCACUCUGAAGUAGAAGCAAAAUGAUUCCUCUAGACGGGGUUCGGGUGACUAAAAUAGUUCCUGGUACCUGGGCUGUGGAGUCAAUAAAAGAACGGGACGUUCCUACAGUUCCUAGAAUUAUGAAUUUUGCAGGCCUGGAUGUUAUUGACAGCCUCAUUUAACUGCGCCCUGUUUCCAUCUGACACAUGCUGUGGUUGAGGAAAGAGCUUUUUGAUUAGUUCAAACAGGGCUCACUGGACCAAACCAAACCUUGAAGCAAGCAUCUGCCAUUCUUUCCCCCUUUUAAGAGCUGGCACAGCUCACACAGUUUUUCAAGAAUCUGACAUUACUCUUCAAGUCAUUGUUAGUCGCUAUUAGUUUAUGUUGUAUUUUCUUUAUGUUGUUGUCUCUUUUUUCUCAUGCUGGUAUUUUAAAUCUUGUUCCCUUUCUUUUUGGAGCAGCAAGGUCGCUGCAUGCCGGCCGGGAUGUAUGGUGGCUUUCCCCCUCAAGGCCCCGGGGGCCGUGGACGACUCUUCACCCUCAUCAACCACUACAACCUCGCCAAGCAGACCAUCACCCGGUCAGUAUCACCGUGGAUGACCAUCAUGUCAGAGGAGAAGGUCACACAGCAGGAGACGGAGACUGCUCAGAAACUAGCCUAACCAAGCUGAAUUCAGAGGGCGGCCUCACCUGCUGCAGAAAAUAAAUAAAUAAUAACCUGGCUGUGCCAUUCAAGCAAACCUCAGAGCGGUCCCUGGCUUUCUGUGGGUGAAAAAUGUACUUUUCUUGUUGCCUGAGGAGCUCUGCUGCCUUGUUGAUGUUGUUUGGUCUGCUGAUGUGUGCCAUAGCAGGAAAUCUGUGUAAGCUUUGAAGAAGCCUGCAGUUUGGUGGAUUCAUGGUUUGUUUGAAUCGCAUAUGUUGUUAUUUAUUUACACUUUAAAAACAGGGUGGUGAAUGUGUAGAUAAAGCCAACAAAAAAACACACACACUGACACACACUCACUGUCUUUGUACACACACACACACACACACUUGUAACAGAACUCACUUUAAUACUCACAUUGUGACAUGACUGUGAACCAUGUAUUGUCUGCGUCGCUUGUUUUAUCUCACAUGCGCGCGGGACUCUGAAAACAGUUUGCCCUGAACCUCUCCCUUACUCUCUCUCUUUCUUUUCAAACACAUUAAGUACUGUUAGUGCAUGUCUGACCUCAGCAGGUGGUUCAUUCUCUGUCUACCCCUGGGGUCAUCUGUAUUAAACUCUUUCAUGGUCAUGAUAUUGUGAAUAUAUGAGGCUUGACCUGAAGGUAACCUUUUAACCAGCGAUAAACAUGACAGUUUUAAUGAUGUUGUCUUGAGCCAGCGCAGUGCAAGGUGCUGUUAGGGAGAUUUUCGUAUUUGAUGCUUCAGAUCUUUUUAACCAGCAUUAAUGAUUGUUUUCAUUCAUUUGAACUCUUUGUGAACACCGUGUGCUUUUCUUUGCUGACUCACUCAAUGGAUACUUUCUUAGCAUACAGUUUCUGCCACUGUACUGAAUGUUUUUGCUUUUCUAGUGAAGACACUGUAUUGUGCAAUGCUUCGCAUUGAUAAAUGUCACCAUUUUCUAUGGCUGUUUGUAGCCAUUACAGAUACUAGACUUAGGUUGAUGUAGUGAAACUAUCUGACAGUAGUUGCUUGUCCUGUUGCUUCUUUUCUGUAUGUGUCUUUUAAAUUAAACUGUCACAAAGGAUGAACCUUUUUCAAACAAUGUAAUGAUUGCCAUUGAAGUGCAUUUGCUACAUAAAAAUGUUAAAUGAAAAGCUGAAAUAAAGUGCCCACAUUUCAUGCCAAUGUCCAAGCAGA